AUGCCACAAACCAAUAUUACUCAUCUUCCCUCAGUUGGUUCUGAUCACUGUCCUUUAUUGAUGGAAAUAAAUGAUAAAAAGAAUGCUGUGAUUAAGUAUUUUAAGUUUCUCAAUUGUUGGACUGAUAAUGAACCUUUCUUUAAAACUGUGGAGCAAUGCUGGCAAAGAAAGGUUAUAGGAUCUCCUAUGUGGUGUCUUCAUAUUAAAAUGAAGAGAUUAACUAAAACUCUGAGGGAGUGGUCUAAAUUGGAAUAUGGUGAUAUUUUUGACAAGGUGAAACAGUAUGAGGAAGAAGUUAAGAAUGCUGAAGGGAAGCAUAUUAUGGAUAAUAGUAAGGCAAAUAGAGAACAACUUUCUGCUUCAAAUGCUAAUUAUAUUAAGUAUAUGAAGCUGGAAUAUUCCAUUCUUCAACAGAAAACUCAAUUACAGUGGUUGAAAAAGGGUGAUGCAAAUACCAAAUACUUUCAUGAUGUGAUUAGAGGAAGAAGGAAAAAGAUGUUUAUUCAUAAAGUCAUGACUGAUAGUGGUGUAUGCAUUCAUGGGGAGGAGAAUAUUGCUAGAGCAGCCUGUGAAUAUUAUCAAAAUAUGUUUACAGGAAAAACUGACAAAAUAAGGGAGGAGAUGCUUCAGUGUAUUCCUAAUAUGGUUACUAAUGAACAAAAUAUAGAAUUGGAAAAGAUGCCUUCUGUGGAUGAAUUGAGAAAGGUUGUUAUGAGUAUGAAUCCCAAUUCUGCUCCUGGACCUGAUGGAAUAGGUGGCAAAUUCUUUCAAGUCUGUUUUGACAUUAUUAAGGAAGAUCUUCUUGCUGCUGUUAAAGAUUUCUUCAAUGGUUGUGAUAUGCCUAAAUAUAUGUCUCAUGCUAAUAUUAUUAUGCUCCCUAAGGUUGAUCAUCCAAACAUGUUUUAG